GAUGGGAGCGGGCGAGGGGACGGCCGAGCCCGCCGGCGGCUUUAAAUGCGGGCCCGGGCCGGCGCCGCCAGCACAGCCGCGCCGCUCUCUCGGGCUGCCGCGGGCGCUCCCCCGCACGGUCACGGGCACGGAGGAGCAGGUGUAGAGCCGCCGCCAUGCCCCGCUGAGCCCGCCCGCCGCCCCGGCUGCCCCGCAGCCCCCGCCCGCCGCCAAGCUGGAGGAGCGCCGCAAGCCCGAGCCCCGGAGGAUGGAGGACGAGGCAGUACUGGAUAGAGGGGCUUCCUUCCUUAAACAUGUAUGUGAUGAAGAAGAAGUGGAAGGUCACCACACGAUUUACAUCGGGGUCCAUGUGCCCAAGAGCUACCGGCGGAGGAGGCGUCACAGAAGAAGACCUGGGCACAAAGAAAAGAAAGAGAAGGAGAAAAUCUCAGAGAACUACUCGGACAAAUCGGACGUAGAAAACACUGAUGAGACAAGCAGCAGCAUCCUUAAACCACUCAUCUCCCCCGCCGCCGAGCGCAUCCGCUUCAUCCUGGGAGAGGAAGAUGACAGCCCCGCGCCCCCGCAGCUCUUCACCGAGCUGGACGAGCUUCUGGCUGUCGAUGGACAGGAGAUGGAGUGGAAGGAGACUGCAAGGUGGAUCAAGUUUGAGGAGAAGGUAGAACAAGGCGGGGAGCGAUGGAGCAAACCACACGUGGCCACCUUGUCUCUGCACAGCCUGUUUGAGCUGAGGACCUGCAUUGAGAAGGGCUCCAUCAUGCUGGAUAUGGAGGCCUCUUCCCUCCCACAGGUGGUGGAGAUGAUCGUUGACAAUCAGAUCGAGACGGGGCUGUUGAAAUCCGAACUGAAGGACAAGGUCACCUACACCCUGCUCAGGAAGCACCGGCACCAGACCAAGAAAUCCAACUUGCGCUCGCUGGCUGACAUUGGAAAGACCGUCUCCAGUGCAAGUAGGAUGUUUUCCAACCCCGAUAAUGCACGCAGCCCGCUCGAGAGCUCCGUGCCCUGCCUGGCCACGCGCACGUUGGACGAUGAACUGGGAGUGCAACGCAGCCCCAGCGUGGGAUGGCUCAGCAGCCCAGCCAUGGCUCACCGAAACCUGACUUCCACCAGCCUCAACGACAUCUCGGACAAGCCUGAGAAGGACCAGCUGAAGAACAAAUUCAUGAAGAAGUUGCCUCGUGACGCUGAGGCCUCCAACGUGCUGGUCGGGGAGGUGGAUUUCCUGGAGAGCCCCUUCAUUGCCUUUGUGCGGCUGCAGCAGGCGGUCAUGCUGGGAGCUCUCACCGAGGUCCCUGUUCCCACACGGUUUCUCUUCAUUCUACUGGGACCAAAGGGCAAAGCCAAGUCCUAUCAUGAGAUCGGCCGCGCCAUUGCCACGCUGAUGUCGGAUGAGGUAUUCCAUGACAUUGCCUAUAAAGCCAAGGACCGCCAGGACCUCAUCGCAGGCAUCGAUGAAUUUCUGGAUGAAGUCAUUGUGCUCCCCCCUGGGGAAUGGGAUCCAGCCAUUAGGAUAGAGCCCCCCAAGUCUCUCCCUUCUUCGGAUAAGAGGAAAAACAUGUACUCAGGUGGGGAAAACCUGCAGAUGAACGGAGACACACCCCACGACGGGGGGCACGGCGGCGGCGGCCACGGCGACUGCGAGGAGCUGCAGCGGACGGGCAGGUUCUGUGGGGGCUUGAUCAAAGACAUCAAGAGGAAAGCACCGUUCUUUGCCAGUGACUUCUACGACGCUUUAAACAUCCAGGCCCUCUCAGCCAUCCUCUUCAUCUACCUGGCCACUGUCACCAAUGCCAUCACUUUUGGGGGAUUGCUUGGGGAUGCUACGGAGAACAUGCAGGGCGUGUUGGAGAGCUUCCUGGGCACGGCUGUCACCGGUGCCAUAUUUUGCCUUUUGGCUGGUCAGCCCCUCACCAUUCUGAGCAGCACAGGACCCGUCCUGGUCUUCGAGCGGCUCCUCUUCAAUUUCAGCAAGGACAAUGAUUUUGACUACCUGGAGUUCCGCCUCUGGAUCGGCCUCUGGUCAGCCUUCCAGUGUCUCAUUCUUGUGGCCACCGAUGCCAGCUUCCUGGUCAAGUACUUCACCCGUUUCACUGAAGAAGGAUUCUCUUCCUUGAUCAGCUUCAUCUUCAUUUAUGAUGCUUUCAAGAAGAUGAUCAAGCUAGCCGAUCAUUAUCCCAUCAAUUCCCAGUUCAAGGUGGAUUAUAUCACACAUUACUCUUGUGCCUGUAAACCACUGGAUCCAGUUAAUAGCUCAUUACUUAACAGGACAAUGGUGCUGUCAGACGAUGAGCUGGUCUCUCCCUCCUCCGAGCUGGACAACACCACCAUUGACUGGGCGGCUCUGACAGCCAAAGAGUGCUUGAAGUACGGGGGUCAGCUUGUGGGCAACAACUGUGACUAUGUCCCUGACAUCACCCUCAUGUCUUUCAUCCUCUUCUUUGGCACUUACACCUGCUCCAUGGCCCUGAAGAAAUUCAAGACCAGUCGCUACUUUCCCACCACUGCCCGGAAGCUCAUCAGUGACUUUGCCAUUAUCCUGUCCAUUUUGAUUUUCUGUGGAAUAGAUGCCCUGGUUGGUGUGGACACACCAAAACUAAUUGUGCCAAGUGAAUUCAAGCCAACCAGUCCUGAGAGGGGUUGGUUUAUCCCACCUUUUGGAGGGAACCCGUGGUGGGUGUACCUGGCAGCAGCCAUCCCUGCCCUGCUGGUGACCAUCCUCAUCUUCAUGGACCAGCAGAUCACCGCCGUCAUCGUCAACAGGAAGGAGCACAAGCUCAAGAAAGGUGCUGGAUAUCAUCUGGAUUUGUUCUGGGUGGCCAUUCUGAUGAUCGUCUGCUCCUUUAUGGGGCUGCCCUGGUACGUGGCUGCUACUGUCAUCUCCAUCGCUCACAUCGACAGCUUGAAGAUGGAGACGGAGACUUCGGCCCCUGGAGAACAGCCCAAGUUUUUGGGAGUGAGGGAGCAGAGAGUCACCGGAGUAAUCGUUUUCAUCCUGACUGGGGUGUCUGUCUUCAUGGCUCCCAUCCUGAAGUUCAUUCCCAUGCCCGUGCUCUACGGUGUCUUCCUCUACAUGGGAGUUGCGUCCCUCAACGGCGUGCAGUUCAUGGAUCGUCUGAAGCUGCUCUUGAUGCCUCUAAAACACCAGCCUGACUUUAUCUACCUGCGCCAUGUCCCGCUGCGCAGGGUCCACCUCUUCACCUUCCUGCAGGUGGUGUGCCUGGCCCUCCUCUGGAUCCUCAAAUCCACUGUGGCUGCUAUCAUAUUCCCUGUCAUGAUCUUGGCCCUGGUGGCAGUCAGAAAAGCCAUGGACUACCUCUUUUCCCAGCAUGACUUAAGCUUUCUUGACGACGUCAUUCCAGAAAAGGACAAGAAGAAGAAAGAGGAUGAGAAGAAGAAGAAAAAGAAGAAGGGCAGUAUGGACAGUGACAAUGAUGAUUCUGACUGCCCCUACUCAGAAAAAGUCCCAAGUAUUAAAAUACCAAUGGACAUCAUGGAGCAGGAACCUUUCCUAAGUGAUAGCAAACCUGCUGACAGAGAAAAAUCACCGACAUUCCUUGAACGCCACACAUCCUGCUGAUACAAUUCCCUUCCUUCAAUCACAUGCCAUGCCAAGGUGUUAGACAGGCGCUGAAAUUCAUCCCAGUGGCAAUGCCUGGAUUAUUGCAAUGGCAGCUGAGGGGUACUGUCACAGCCUGGGGUGAAGCACCAGGGUGCCCAUCCCUGGAAGUAUCCAAGGGCCAGGUUGGAUGGGUCUUGGAGCAGCCUGGUCUAGUGGAGGGUGUCCCUGCCCACGGCUGGGCACGGAACUGGAUGAGCUUUAACCUUCCAACCAGGUCACUUCCAACCCGAACAUUUUGGGAUUCUGUGAGGCUCUGAGGCUGGAUACUUGGAGCUCCAUGGUCACUGAAAUGGGUGGUUUUGCCUGCUGCAGUGAGCAGUGUUCAGACCAGCUCAUUCACAUGAUCUGUGUGUGGGCCUCACCUUAAAUUCAGCUGUGUACUCCCAAAGCCUGGCAUUCGUACUGCACUGACCUUGUCCAUCUUCUUCUUCGCAGCCCUCCACGAACUCCAGUAAAAGCUGUGCCUCAAAUUAGAAUAGACCUUGAGCCUGAAGACAAUGGUUAUUUCUGGAGGAGCAAGGGAACAGAAACUACUUUGUAAUUUGUCUGUCUGUCCAAUCUUUUACAAAUUCACCUUGUUACUAGCCAAAUGUUAAGAAGCUCCCUGCUCCCGCCGGCGAUGGUGACCGAGCCGCCCCGCUGCCCCUCCCUGCCCACGCCCCCCGCUCCCUCCGGCCCCGCGCUGCCCGGGUCUCGGAUCUCCUUCUCCCGGCUCCGCAGCGCAGCGAGGGCAGGAGCGCUACGGAUGUCACCUCACACCUGUGGGAAUGCCAGAGCGCUGGCUGUUGGGAGCUGCUGUUUGUCUGGCAGAGCAGAGCUGACCUCCAGGCUAAUUCCACGUCUGCUCCCACUGCUCGGAGAUGCUGGAACGUGCUGCUAACCCUCACGUGCUCUCACCUGUGGAUCAAAGAGAAGGUACUUCACUCCCAGCACAGACAGACCAUUGCCAUCGCUGUAGCAUGUUUGGAAAUGUCCCUUUCCUAUGCAAUUUUUUUUUUUAAAGAAACACUUUAAUGGACUUAAUCCGUCAGGUACAUGGAAGAGUGUUAUUUUCCUAGAUUAUUUUGUUUAAAUUAUGGGGGCCUAACCUACGACUUGUUUUUUUUUUUUUUUUUUUUGACAAUUUUUUAACCUUUUUUUAAUUACUGUAAAGAAAAAUGAAUUUUUUUCCUGCAGCAGGAAACAUAUAGUUAUGAGUAGUUCUACCUCUUAUUUCUAGAUGCCAGGCUUUCUGUAAAAAAUGUAUUGUACCAUAUAUAAUGUGAUUUUUACAAAAAACAAACCCACGACAUCACACCACGAUCUCCAGGAUGUGGCAUAGGGCUGGAUCAGCUCCAUUAACACCUUCUGCUCCGAAGCAUCUGUUUUUCUUAGGGUUAUGUUGUUUUUUUAAGUGGUUUUUUAAUGAGCAGUCCCUGCUGUGAAGGAGACUUAAAUCUCUUGUGAUCUUGGAAGAGUCCUAAAGGGGUUGUUAGUCCAACGCUGCAGACAGAUGCGGGUUGUAUCCGUGGUGUUGGUUCCUGAUGUGGGAUCGCUCCCUGAUUUUCUUGGAACACUGGGGUGUGCGUGCAGUGAGAAAGACCCGAGGUGUGCCUCAGGUACAGUGGAGGGGGGGAAGAUGAAGGUGGCCUGCUGGGAUGUUCACCCUGACAUUUGUUCAGGAUGUUCACCCUGAAUCACACUUGGAUUCGCAAACUUGCGCAUCCUCCCGCAUCCCACCCCUGUCUACCAUCAUCUACAGAAUAUCCCCUGAACCUUGGCUACUCAGCCCCAGACCUGGCAAUGCAGCAGGACUAAGCAGGCCAGGCCCAUAUGGGCACCCCAGGAUUGUGGGGUGGAACCAAGCCAGUGAACACCACAGGAGGAGAGAGGUUUUUUCUCUCCCGUCACAUGUUUAUACUGGUGCGUGCAUCUAAACACGUAUCUGGGAAACUGGGCUUCACCAGGACAUGGGGGAACACACUAAAAGCUUCAUCUAAAAAUGAAAAACAAGACAAGAAGAAAAAGUACCCUGGCUCUCAGGGGGAAUUCCCCGAUGGAGACAAUCCCAUCACAGAGGAUGGGCACAUGCUGCCACUUGGUCCUUGCAAAACCAAAGUCUGGGUUGGUGAAGUCAAGAGGAUUUUCUGAUGGUGCUGACACCUUAAAUGCCAAAUUUUAGCAUCUGCUCCCACACAGGAGCCACCACCUCUGUACCAGCCCCUACUCGCUCUCCAGGGGUCUCCCCUUCAGUUUCCAUGAAAUCUGUGUUGGGUAUCCCAAGAACCCUGGGAUGUUUCCAGGCUGAAACCUGCUCUACAAAUGCUGGGCAGACCUGGGAAAGGCCUGAAGAGGAGCAGCUCUGGGAUCCCCUCUGCUGCUGGAGGACAGGUAACUUGGGAAGUGUGAUGCCAGCUUUAGCCAGUGCUCGCCAUCCCUUGGUGAGCAGCAGUCCUGGCUCCCAGUGGGGACACAGGCUCAAGCAUGGCCUGUGGAGUACACAGGAGCUGCCUGUGGGAUUGCUGCACAUCCUGCCCAGACUCUGCAUGUGGAGCAGUCCCAGAGGAAAAGUGCUGUCAGGUGGAUUGCAGGGGCUGUCCUCCAUGGGCACAGCUUCCAUCGGCUGGUGCCUGGUGACCUGUCUCCCCAAAACAGAAGUCUUCACUUCUGAACCGUGUUUAAUACACUUCAAGUGUCCUGACUACUGUUCUAGAUAUUUCUCGCUUUGCAUUGUGUUGUUCGUGUUGUGCUGAAGGCAGCGCCAUGGACAGGAAAGAGGGUUCUGUUUUCCAUGAGAAAAACCCUCUUCUGGCAGCAGGGAAGAGCCUGCAGCAUGACAGGGACGGGUUCUCUGCACGCUGUAUGCCUUUGAAAAGAACUGUAAUGUCCUUUCAGUCCAAAUUGGUUAUUUUGGCAGAAAAGCCUGAGUGGGCGCUCCAGGGAGUAAGUGUGGAGACUGACCCAAAGCCCUCCAAGAUCAGAGGCAGCCGUCAAAAAUCACCUUCCCCCAGCAGAGGCAAGGUGCCAGCUCAGGGCAGGACACGCCGUGGCCACUGGCCACAGCCUGCUCUGUCCCACCCAGCCCUCCCCGGGGCUCACAGACCUUUGUAUCUGCAUAGAAUCAAGUCGCACUUUCAGAUACUUUUAUUAUUGAAUUCUCAUAAGUUCAUCUUUGCUUUGGAGGGGAGAACAAGGACUUGGGAUGAAAUGAAGUGGAUCAGCUGGUGGAACUAAAAGGAAAAAAGCAGAAAACAUUUCAAACGUAUUAAAGUGAUUUUUUUUUCCAGUAAUAUAAAACAUAAAAUUCCUUAUAACAUUAUAGUAUUUUACAGUUUUAUGAAGCUUUCUAUUGUGACUUUUAUGGAAUCAAAAGAUGAAGAUGAUGAGAUAUUUUAGCAUUUAUAUUUUUCAAAAUUAAAUAAAUGUAUACUGAAAAUAAAGUAACUUUAUGCAUUUA